GAUUGGAUGUAUUGUAUUGAUACACAUUAGAUUUUUAAAAUAUAUAUUUUUUGAUCAAUUGAGUGUGCUAUGUAUAUAAUUUGAAACCAAUUGUGCAAAAUAUAUUUGUGAUUGUUAGUAGUUUGUAAAAUUUUCUUUAAAAAGUGUAAUAAAAAAUACAUGCAAAUACAAAAAAAAAAAAUAACAAAGAAUUGGCAACAUGUAAAGAAAUAAAACGUCUUUCAUUUGUUGGGAGAUCGUCGUCGUCGGUACCUUUUCAAUAGGUACGUUGUUGUGUUCGUAUUCGUAAUUUUUUAAUCGGGAUUGUGAAAAGAAAGUGAAAAGGAAUUUUUAGCAAGCGGAAUUAUACAGUACACCCAACGAAGGAACGAGGUCCGACACUCGCAAACAUGGCGGAUUUGGAAGCUGUGCUGGCGGACGUCAGCUAUCUGAUGGCCAUGGAGAAAUCCAAAUGCACACCAGCAGCAAGAGCUAGCAAAAGGCUUGUUUUGCCCGACCCCAGCGUCCGGAGUGUUAUGUAUAAGUAUUUAGAAAAGGAGAGCGAUUUGAAUUUCCACAAAAUAUUCAAUCAAAUAUUAGGAUAUUUGCUUUUCAAGGACUUUUGCGAAAAUGACUCUGAGGAACCCAUACAGCAGCUUAAAUUUUACGAACAGAUAAAAAGUUUUGAGAAAACCGAAAGUUAUGAAGAGCGUAAAGAUUUGGCUCGAGAAAUAUAUGACAAUUUUAUUAUGGAAGAAAUGCUCUCUCACACAUACGAAUAUUCCAAGGAAGCCGUAGCCAGUGUACAAAAAUAUCUUUUAAAAAAUGAAGUCCCCGUUAAUUUGUUUGAGCCUUAUAUCGAGGAAAUUUUUAACCACCUGAAGGGAAAGCCAUUUAAAAAAUUCUUGGAAAGCGAUAAAUUCACACGAUUUUGCCAAUGGAAGAAUUUAGAGCUUAACAUCCAGUUGACCAUGAACGAUUUUAGUGUUCACCGAAUAAUUGGUCGUGGUGGCUUUGGCGAAGUGUAUGGCUGUCGAAAAGCUGACACUGGCAAAAUGUAUGCCAUGAAAUGUUUGGAUAAAAAGCGUAUCAAAAUGAAACAGGGCGAAAUGCUGGCGUUAAACGAACGAACUAUGUUGCAAGCUGUGAGCACAGGGAUGGACUGUCCCUUCAUUGUUUGCAUGACCUAUGCAUUUCAUACACCCGACAAGCUGUGCUUCAUACUUGAUUUAAUGAAUGGCGGCGAUUUACAUUAUCAUCUAUCACAACACGGUGUCUUCAACGAAGAUGAGAUGAAGUUUUAUGCCGCAGAGGUAAUUUUGGGCUUGGAACACAUGCAUAAACGCUUCAUAGUCUAUAGGGAUCUAAAGCCAGCAAAUAUUUUACUCGACGAGAAUGGUCACAUUCGUAUAUCGGACUUGGGUUUGGCAUGUGAUUUUUCGCGAAAAAAGCCACAUGCUUCAGUAGGCACACACGGCUACAUGGCGCCAGAAGUGCUUUCGAAAGGCACUGCCUAUGACUCAUGUGCCGAUUGGUUUAGUUUCGGCUGUAUGCUAUACAAAUUGCUUAAGGGCCAUUCACCGUUCAGACAGCACAAAACAAAAGAUAAACACGAAAUCGAUCGAAUGACCUUGACGAUGAACGUUGAAUUACCCGACUGUUUUACGCCCGAACUGAGAAGCCUUUUGGAUUCGUUGCUACAGAGAGAGGUAGAUAAACGACUGGGAUGCAUGGGAAAUGGUGCGGACGAAGUGAAGAUGCAUCCAUUCUUCUCGGGUAUAGAUUGGCACCAGGUCUAUGUUCAAAAAUAUACACCACCAUUAAUACCACCGAGAGGCGAAGUUAAUGCCGCUGAUGCUUUUGAUAUAGGCUCCUUUGAUGAAGAGGAUACGAAAGGCAUUAAGCUAACCGAUAGUGAUCAGGAGCUAUACAAAUUCUUUCCACUUACAAUUUCCGAAAGGUGGCAGCAAGAAAUCUCCGAAACAGUAUUCGAAAGUGUUAACAAUGAAACAGAUAAAAUAGAACAAAAGAAAAAAGCCAAACAAAAGCAGCAUUUCGAUGCAGACGAAAAAGAAUCGGACUGCAUUUUACAUGGUUACAUAAAAAAAUUAGGUGGCUCAUUUGCCUCACUCUGGCAAACAAAAUACGCUAAACUUUAUCCAAAUCGAUUAGAGAUGUAUUCAGAGAGCGGUACCAAUAAGCCAGAGCUAAUAUUUAUGGACCAAAUUGAGGACAUUUCCUCUGAUUUCGUACAUUACAAAGGGGAACAGUGCAUUCAAAUUCGCGUUAACGAUGGAUCUCGUGAUGGCAGAAUAAUUCUCACAAAUUCUGAUGAAAUCGGCUUAAAGGAGUGGGCAUUUUCUCUACGAUCAGCUCAUAAAAAGUCGCAAGAGCUUUUGGGUUCUAUGGCACGAAAAGCAGGGAAAAUCUAUGGCAGCGAACGUGAUGCAAAUAAAUCUUUGUAUAUAUUAACGGGAAGUAAUCCAAUUUCCAAAGUUUCAAAUGGAUCCAACUAGCAGAUACAUGAAGAACACAAAGAAAAGUUAGGACAGAAGGUGAUAUUGAUGAUGAUGGUGUUGUUGAAGGAGAAAAAGAAGAAACAGCAGCAGAAGCAAAAGAAGAAGCACCAGCAUAAGCUCCAACUCGUAUUUCAGUUUAUUAAGCAAACGCUUUUUUAUUAUAAUGUUUAACAUUUUUAGACUAUUUUUUCAUGAUUGGUUUAAUAUACUUUUAACUAAUGUUUCGGGAGUAAAUAAAUAGAGAGUACUAAAAUCUAACAA